CCACGCAAACGCCGUAUGCUCUCCUUGAAGCUAUCGUCUUCGUCAACAGAAACUUUAUCCGACAUCGCGAUUACAGAAGCACACGACUCCGCAGUCACUAACAACCACGGCGUUAGAUCAACUCGUGUGGUUACACCCGAUAUAUGCAUCGCAAAUUCUCCCCCCAAUGAUCACACGCUAUCCGCUCCUCGUGACCUUACUCCUCCCUUCAAAGCUGUGUCAAAAUAUCAAUCUCAGGGGUCAUCAUUGCACUGUUCUUUGCGAAAUGAUCAUGGGCACGAGAAGGCCGUCGAUACUGAUUGUGCCUAUGAACAUACCCCUGAAUAUACUCUCACCGCGAACGAUACCAGUUCUGUUACGUGUCUCAAAGAUUCUCCUCCUGUGCUGGCCAUCGACUUCACCCGACUGCAAUUUCCUUCCAGGAACCGUUCGCGCUUGCCUCUUCUGCAUUUAGAACCAGUCCCUGCAACUGCCAAAGUCGGGAGCAGGGAGGAUGGUGAAAGUUCUACUAGGCCGGUAGCUUCAAAUCACACUUUCAAGCAGUUUGCGCAGGAUGUACCUCCAGCUACACAACAACCGGGCAAUUCAGUGGUUCCAGGAACCUGCAGUAGCGAAAACCAUGAUAAUACGGAAACCGUAUCCCCCGUCACACGCCGAGGCACGCGAGUAGGAUCCUCCAGCUCUCCUAGACGUCUUGACGAAGCUAUUGAUUCCAGACAUGACACGGUAACAUAUCACAUGGAUCAACUUAUACGGACGAGAAAAUGUGCUACAGCUCGGGACGAUGUUCGAUUUGCAACACUAUGGGAGAGCAAUGCGAUGUGGAAGGGCAUGAGGUUUUGGCAUGAAAACGUGAAAAAGCCGACAUGGAAUGUAGAUAUGUAGCAUCACACAUAUAUCCUCAUGUCGACCCUCAUGAUGCCAACAAAGAGUUUGCAAAAACUAAAGAACGAG